CCCAUUACAUAACUGGCACCAAGGAUAUUUAUGACCUGCUUUCUGAUAAUCAACUCUAACUUAGAAACAAGCUCUUCCUCAAGAAUUUCUUCACCUCCUUGCUUCACUCCAACCUAAUAAUCAAGUCCCCCUCUCUUCUAAACAACUUAUCUCGUAUCUUAAGUUCUGGGGAUCAUAUAUAUAUAUACAUUCUUUUCAACUUGAUUACAUCUGAAUUAAUUGAUUGAAAAAAGCAUGCCAUUCGCUCAUUAGGGAACUCAAAUUUCUUCUUGAUAUUUAACAAUCUUGGGUUCAGGUUUUAGUAACAGCACCCAACCAUACUCUCUCGCACACAGGAACAGAUACGCACAACCAACCGCCUUCAAGAGACGAUAGUUUGUGGUCAAUAAAAGGCUGGGUCUAUUAAGAUUGUCUUUCACCUGAAGAUUGCAUGCAAGAAUCUGUCAAAUACACCAAUCUACGCAAUUCCACACUGAAGAAGGGGAGUGAUGAAUGCGUUGAAACUUAUGGGAUCUAUCAGCCUGGUAUUUGGGAUCAUACUUCUGCUUUUACCAUUACUCUCGACCCCAGUUGUCAAAGGCUUAUCAUUCUGGCGUGCGGUUUUUGAGAUUGAUGACCUGAAAGUAGAAGUAAGAACCGGGUUUUGGGGCGCUUGUACUUCUUAUAAAGAUACCUCCGAUCGCAUUGGACCUGAUUUCAAAAAAGGGAAGAAGAAGCCAAAGGGAGGGUCGGAUGCAGAUGUUUGGGUGAAAUGUACGAAACCCAAGGCAGGCUAUUCAUUCAGCAUGUCUUCAACCGUGCCUGAUGCGGCGGGUGAAUUGAGCUCUACUCAGACGUUAUUCUUGUUUUGGUUGCUACUUGCCGCUUUUCUUGCUUUGAUCUCCUUGGCCCUUUCGUUUUCUCCGAACUACUAUCAAUGGAAACACGCCGCAAUCCUCGCGCUCACGUCGAGCGUUCUCGGAUUCGGUACCUUCCUGGCCUGUGUGGUGAUUUUCACCGGGCUAACGAGAGAGACACGGUUAACGGAUUCUGCAAAAACAAUACCAAUCUAUGGAGGUUUACAAGGCUGUACAUUCUUCCCAUUGUCGGCUUGUAUUCUUCUGGGAAUUGGGGCCGGAUUGUUAUGGAUGAGUUUCCGGCAAGAAUUCUUCAAGCUUCACAGGCGUUCAAAUCGACCAAAUGAAAACCGGAUAAGUCACAAAUCGGAAACCAUGCCGAGCCUUCCGCCUCCGAUCCUGGGAAAUGAUGGGAUCAGUAGAGAUGAGUGGUUCCAACAGCCACUGGAAUCGAGACAUGGAACGGAAAUACCAAGAGAAACCCACUCCCAUACUAGGAGGCCGGCGGACGAUGAAGCCUCUCAAGAAAAUAGCAUGGAUCAUGAAUUAGAGGAGAUCCAAAGCCCUCAUCAGCACCCCAGUCAGGCUGACGAUGGAAUAGACACUGAGACUCAGUCACAGUAUUCUAUGUUCCAGAGCGACUCAUUGGGAAGUGCCAGUCUCUCAUACUUCAACUCAUCUGAUGGGUUACCACCACCUCCACCACUACAACCACGUCGAAGCACUAGAUCCCGACCAACAAAACCAAGUUAAUGGAUGACGAAGUUCCUCCACACCCGCUUUGAGAGAACAAACCGAUAUCUGCUGCUACAAGUUAAAUGUCCGGAGUACUUCCAAAGGAGUCGGGUCUCCAAGUAAUGCUCUACUCUGAUAGCCUUCAUACUCCGACAAUUCAGGUAUUUUAACCAGAUUUAACAUUGUUGUUAUCAAAUUGGCAUGGCCUACUAGUCGCAUUGACUUCUGAAUUACCACUGUCUUUUGUUUCAGUUUAAAACCCGUUGUUUUUCUUCAUUCUCAGCCAAAAACCAAUGAAGGGCAACUCCUCCACAUGACUGUUCUACCUAUUUUUUCCCUUCUGGUUGUAUCCAUUCUCUGGGUUGUUUUACUCUGUUUUUUGUUGUCUACAUUCUCUCAAUUGCAACUCAAAAAUCUACUGGUUUAGAGUAUUUACAUAUUUAUUUUCAUCGGGAAAGUUCACAUAACUGUCUAGUAUUACUACAGAGUGC